AUGCCGCCGUCACGAAUGCUGAGGAGGCUCGACGCGGACAGAAGGGCAACUCUUGCCGCUAGAUACGGUGUCAGACGGCGUGCUGCUGUGUCCGGUGCCAGCCGGCGCGUCAAAGCCAAGCCGUCCAGCGCGGCCGCUGCGCCCGCUGGCCGCCCCGCGACCGGCUCUAAGCCUGGGAUACCCCGUUCAUCCACCUCGAAUAAUGACAAGAUAGCAUGUCCCAUCUCGGUGACAUCCGAGCCAGAGCCCGGCCAGCAGACGUUGAGCCAGUCGUCUGCGCAAAACGCCGCCGCGGCGGUGUACUUUGACGCCGACGACUUCAGUGACGAUGAUGAUCUCAGCUUCCAGCUAGCAUCACCAGCACAGAGGAAGAAGCAAACCUCCACGCCGAAGACUACGAGAGCACCGCGACCAAAGGGGCCCAAAGGCAAUGCUAGAGCAUGA